GGGAAUAAUCUUUGUUUGAUGCAGUUAAAAUAUUUAAAUAUCCUCCGUGUUACUUAUUAUUUACGAUAGUAUCGAUAUAUCCGAAAAAUGCAGUCUGUACCAUCGAACUAGUUCGCUGUUUACGAACAAGAAGGCAGAGAAAGACCAAAACAAUUACGGACGAUAGCCACAAAGCGGACGUGGAAAAUCUGUGAAAAUUUUUGGUAAAUCGCGUGCGGGCGCAUUGAAAAAUGGUGCUGCGAUCGGGGAUCAUAAUUCCGUUUCAGUUUCGCGACACGAAGAAGCUGCUGAUGAUAGGCGUGCCGGAGGAGAACCGCAACCUCAACAUCUGGGACCUGAAGAACGUGGUGCGCGCCGCCUUUGGCAUCUACAAUUUUGAGUUCAGGAACAAGAAGAUCGGCUUCAACAUCCCGGACGAGCUAUUGCUUCACUACCUGGCCCAGCGGCACGACCUCACCAACUUUGUAAUAGAGAUCAGUCAAGUGUACGAUGACAACUAUGUGCUUAACCGCCAGUGCCGGUGCUCGGAUCAGAAAAUGCUCAACGAAUCGCCCACGCCCGAGGAGCCCACCAAUCUGUGCCAGCCCAGCAAUGUUUUGGAGGCAGCGGCGGCGGCACCCACCCCAAUCAUGACUCUGCCGCCCUGCGACGACGAGGAGCAUGAUCACGACCACGAGCACGAGCACGAGGAGAGCAUGAAGUAUCGGAUUGACAAGGCUAGCAGUGGUGCUGCCUCUGCGGAACUGGGCAUGCCGGCGUACGAGGCAUGCUCGCCCAAGAUGGACUACGAUACGCAGGACGAGCUGCCGGAUUCUCCGCACUCGCAGCCACUACCCCCACCGCCUUUGCCUUUAACUGCGGCUCUUCCAUUGCCACCGCCGCCCACCUCCCAUCACCAGCACCUGCAUCAGCAGCAGCAACAACACGAGGAGGAGCAGCAGCAGCUGCUGCAAGAGCGCAUCCAGCACGAGUACAUGAUUCAGCAGCAGCAGCAACACCAGCAUUUGCAACAGCAGCAGCAACAGCACUUGGCACUCCUACAGCAGCAGCAGCAGGAACAGCAUCAACAGCAACAUCAGCAGCAUCACCAUCAGCAGCAACAGGGAGUUAACAUGGCCAUAGGCACGACCACCACCAACAAUAUACGACAACGCAAGGAGCGCAUGUCCAAGCGGCAGAAGGAACUGUAUGUACACUUCCUGCAGCAGCAUCAGUUCAUCAACGACCAUCGGCGCAACGAUCCCGUGCUGGAUCCUUACUGGCUGAAGCUGGCGAACUUACUGAACGCGGUGCCGCAGGGUGCCGUCAAGCAUGUGACCGAGUGGAAACAGACCUUUGAUAACUGGCGCUACCGCAUCUUCCUCUACGCCCGGUACAAUUCCAAGCUGCAGGACGAGGAGGCCCAAAAUCCGCGCAACUUCAAACCCCUGACGCGCACUGAUAAGCAGGCGUAUAUUAUGUGGAUCCGGAAUCCGGACACAGCGCCGCCGGACCUCGACAAGAUGCGCAAUGUCUUUUGCAAUCUGGAAGAGACGGCGGCGUCGGCAGCGGCUCAGCAGGAGUAGAUGUUUCACGGAUGUUCGGGAUUGCCAUUAUCGUAGUUGUACAAUUUUUAAACAAAUCAUUUUCUUUGUCUUCGUUUCCUCGGUUUUCUCUUAUUCUGUCGUGUUAAUUGUGCGUAUGUAUAUGUGUCACUGUUUUUUAUAUUCCUGUUUUGGGAA